GAAUUUAUGGAGACUUUAUAAGAUACAGAAUCAGUGGCAAAGGAUUCUAUCGUUGCCCUUUCGACUGUGUCCGCUCCUUCUCCAUGGAGCCCAGGAAUUUGGAAUCAUGAGCCUCCAUUAAUAAGCUUUUUGAAGGUUUCGAGAGCUGAGUUCUUGUGGCCUUUUGCUGUUUUUUCCGAUACUCUUGAAGCCAUUUCUGAAUCAGAGAUUUGAGGCACAAACUAAAGCAUGGAAGAGAAGAGUGGAAUCAAGAAAGAUAUCACUGAAUUAAUUGGUAAUACUCCAAUGGUAUAUCUAAAUAAAAUGGUUGAUGGUUGUUUUGCUCGUAUCGCUGCUAAGUUAGAGACAAUGGAGCCGUGUUCUAGCGUUAAAGACAGGAUUGCGCAUAGUAUGAUUCAAGAUGCAGAGGAUAAAGGCUUGAUUACACCAGGGAAGACUGUCCUCGUCGAGAUAACGAGCGGUAACACAGGCAUUGCAUUGGCAAGCAUCGCAGCUGUGAAGGGCUAUAGGCUUAUUAUAGUUAUGCCAGCUUCGUAUAGUCUUGAAAGACGAAUUCUGCUUCUAGCUUUUGGAGCUGAGUUGCACAUCACAGACCCUGCACUGGGGCUUGAAGGCCUUCUAAAGAAGGUUGGGGAGGUAAUGGAAGCCACUCCCAACAGCUAUUUUCUGAAGCAAUUUGAUAAUCCAGCAAACCCAAAGAUUCAUUAUGAAACCACUGGGCCAGAGAUAUGGAAAGAUUCAGGAGGAAAAGUUGAUGUGUUGGUCGUGGGGAUUGGAACCGGGGGAACGAUAACUGGCACAGGGAAUUUUCUUAAGGAACAGAAUCCAGACAUUAAGGUUUAUGCAGUGGAACCAGCAGAGAGUGCAAUGCUAAGUGGAGAACAACCUGGCAAGCAUCUAAUUCAAGGCAUUGGGGCUGGCUUCAUCCCAGCUGUUCUUGAUCUCAAAGUCUUUGAUGAAGUCUUUAAGGUGACAAGUGAGGAAGCCAUUGAAACUGCAAGGCUUCUUGCACUAAAAGAAGGCCUCCUAGUGGGGAUUUCAUCAGGUGCAGCAGCAGCUGCUGCAAUAAAGGUUGCAAAGAGACCAGAAAAUGAAGGAAAACUCAUUGUUGUCAUCUUCCCGAGCUUCGGCGAGCGAUAUCUCUCGACAACGCUUUUUGAUUCCAUCAGGCAUCAAGCGGAAAACAUGACUUAUCUAUGAAUUGAAUGAUUUGGAAUUUUCUCACGUACUUUUAUGUAAUCAAAUACUACUAACAUUGGUUGCAGUAAGUUCAAUGAUCCUUACCAUUGUAUUUCCUCAA